GACCCGUGACCCCCGGCGCGUGAGUCGCGCUGGGCCCGUGACGCAGCGCGGGGAGUCGCUGAGCUCACGGCCCGGCAGAGCUCCCCCACAUCCACCCUGCGUGUAUUAAGGAUAGAAACACAAUGGAAGUGUGCGUCGACUCCGUUGAAUCUGCCAUUAAUGCUGAAUUGGGAGGUGCAACACGGAUUGAGCUCUGUGCUAAUUUGCUGGAAGGUGGGACUACGCCAAGUCUGGGCCUGCUGCAGGUGGUAAAGCAGCACACACAGCUGCCUGUGUUUAUGAUGAUUCGCCCACGCGGAGGAGACUUCCUGUACUCUGAGCACGAGGUGGAGGUGAUGCGUGCGGAUAUCCAGCAGGCUUGUAUUGGAGGAGCUGACGGGAUAGUAUUUGGAGCCCUCACUGAAUUGGGCACCAUUCAUCACGAUAUCUGCAGUGAGCUACUCUCUCGUUCACGACCCCUCCCUGCAACGUUUCACAGAGCAUUUGAUAUGCUCCUGGACCCCAUGCAAGCUCUCGAAGAACUUAUUUCUCUUGGCUUCAAACGCCUUCUGACGAGCGGAUGUGAAAACACCGCACUCGAGGGGCUACCGCUCAUAAAGAAACUUGUCCAACAGGCAAACAGACGACUAAUUGUGGUGCCAGGAGGAGGGAUUACUGAGCGCAACCUACAGAGGAUUUUGGAGGGUUCUGGAGCGACGGAGUUUCACUGCUCGGCGAGAUCAACCCGAAGCUCAGGGAUGGAGCACAGGAAUGACUCUGUGCGGAUGGGAGCUUCCUUCGGUCCAUCAGAAUACAACCUAAAGAUUGCAGACCCAAGCCGGAUCUCCAUACUUAACAAUAUUGCUAAAAGUAUCAUCUAAAGACAAUUUUCAGCUGAAUGGCAUAAUUCCUCUCCAUAGUAAUUUACAUUAUGGGUAUCCCUCGAUUUAAGAACGUUCGGUUUACGAAAUUUUGCGUUAAGUCAAUUGAAAAAUUAUGUACACUUUUUGAUUAAUGAAAUCGAAUUUCACUACGCUGCGCGCCAUGAGAUCGUGAAACAUGAGCCACCCGUGAGCCUGCGUUAUCAUCCACAACAGCGUCACGUUGUCCCUGAAGUGCAACAGUAACGCCUCCACAUCACCUUUACAGUCAUUCCAACAUGUAGCAGAUUUUGGUGAGCUCCAUGACAAAGUUAAUUAUUUAAGUUUUUCGUCCGUUAUUUCAUCGUUUUAAUAAUUGUUUAUUAUUUUUUGGACUGGGAAAAAUGAUAUAGGUGUGUAUUUUUAGGUUAGCAGUAGAGUUGGAAUGACUUCCGAAACACAUCCUUAAUUUUUUGUAUAGGCGGUCUCUGAUUGACGACGGUCCCAUUUAGAACGAUCCACAUUCACGACGUUUAUAUAACGCUACCGUGGAUCGACUUAUGACGGAGAAACUUGAUUUACGACACAUCUUCCAACGUGACUGGAUUCCAAUGCGACUUGCCAUUGGGGCUUUUGUUAUUCUCAGAUGAUUUUGUGGAAGUUUACCUUUUAACCUCCGGUUAAACGUGGCUGAUAAAAGGAAAAACACAUCGGGAAGUGAUGUUUCUGCACGUUCUACUGUCUAUGGAAAAAUAGGGUCCGAUUUGCAAUGCUCCCAGGGUUUCCAGGAACGCAUUAUUCAAAAAGCGGGGGCUACCUGUUUUAAAUUUAUUGGAAAAGCCGUUUAACACGUAAAUCGAGGGGUACCUUGUAUAUCACUGAUGAUACAGCCUCAAAUGACAUUGUCCACUGUAUCCUGGUCACUCUGCAGUUUUCGCUCAUCCGUUUGUUUUGUGCAAGUACGAUUAACAUUGUGAAUAAAAUUCAGAACAGAAUAAUUGGUUGUGACUGUGUAAUGACCGAGUUAGAGUCGGCAAGUUCCGUUUCAGUCAUUUUUGUUGUUGCGUGUAUCGCGUUACAAAUUGCAAAUGUAGCCCGACGCGAAUAAAGUAUAUUAACUAAA